GAAAAGGUGUUGUUCGUGUUGUCAGUCAUUUCUUCUGCCAUCAGUGAGAGCGAAAACAGUGGCAUCAUUUUGCUGCAUUUUCAUAAUUUAGAUGCACGGUUUUCCUGUAAAUUUGUGAUUUUCCUGAUUGUGGUUCAGUUUCACAAUUAAUAGGUGAUAAAGUUUUACCCGAAACCGUGUGUCGUAAUGCCGCCCGUGAAAAAUGAAGGAGAAAGUGACGCCGAUGGAGACAUGUCUGGUGCUGAAUCGGAUCACUCCGCGUCCAGCCGAGCUCCGGACCACGAUUCCAGUGCGGAAGAGGCGGACGAGCCGGAUUCCGAUGAUUCUUCGGAGAUGAGCGAGACCGAAUGCGAACGGAGGCGAUCUGAUUGCCUGGACAAUCUAACUAAUCUGGAGAAGCAGUUUAUGAUACUGAAGGAGCAAUUAUAUAAGGAAAAGAUGCACCAGGUCGAUCAGCAGUUGCAGGAGAUUCGCGGGGGUCGGUCACAGGAAUAUCUGGCGCCGCUGCAACGGUUGGUGGACAACAUGAACAGCAGGAAGGAGGUGGCGGAGAUUCUGAAGAACUUCCGGAUAGAGAACAUUCGCCAUAAAUUCGAAUCGGAGCUGCAAGCUUCUAGACAACAUUUUGAGAGUGAAAAGCAGCUCGCUAUGGAUGCCAUCCGAGAGGAGCUGAUGGAAAAGAUCCGUCGGCUCGAGGAAGACCGCCACAACGUAGACAUCUCGUGGGCCGAUUGGGGUACCAGCAUGCGAACGUCGAAGGUGCGCGGUCCAGGUCGCAAGAAGGCCGUAACCGUUUCCGGUCCGUACAUUGUCUACAUGCUGCGCGAAGAAGACAUCCUCGAAGAUUGGACCUCGAUUAGAAAGGCACUGAAAAGAUCGACGGCGGCCGCUACCUGAUAUUUAGUGUAGAGUUUAAGAACAUCACGUUCGUCUUCAAUACGUAGGAGAUCCUAAUAUAAAUGAAUGUUCAAUUGUGUUUAAGAUUUAAGGUAUUUUAGUUCCCUUGCAUAUAGGCAGAUCCCUUAUUUCGAUGAUAUUUUUUUGUUUUUGUAAUGUACUUCGACAAGUUUGUAUUGCUUUUUGAAUGUGGCAAUAAAAUGAAUAAGUUUAAUAUUUA